AUGGCUCGUGGACGGUCUCAGGCCACAAAGGUUCGCCCGAAGCCUGGCUCUUCAACCACCACGGCAGUAAAGGCGAAGCCGUCGCACGCCGUCACCGAAGAGCCUGCCCAAGCUCUCCAAACGGCGUCAGCCCAGCUCAUCGAGCAGAAGCAGAGCACAGAGGUUGUGCAAACACUGCUGCACGGUUCCCUCAGUUGCCUGUCGUAUCUCCGGAACCUCUUCCCGGAGAAAUGUUUCGACGACCUCGUCUACGAGACGAGCAACACUCACUUGCCCUAUGAAGAUUACACCACAGGCCGCCGCUUGAGUCCUCCCAAAAAGGACAAACAGCUCACCCGUACGACGAUGAAAGUCCUUCAGAAAGGCCGUAGCGAGGCAGUGGACAAGUUCCUCGCAUGGCUGGAAGACGGUGCUUUUGACGCGCUGAAGCGCAACGUUCUCCGCGCCAUUCAGCUCAAUAUCUUUGAACAGGUCGAUAAGCCAAACGAUGUUGUGGAAACCUACACCUUUACGUUCGACUACGUCAAAUCUGCAGACAAAUUCAUCACACUUGCCAGCUUAGAGAUGCAAGGGCCACGCGAACAAUCUGUCACAGUUUUCAGCGCAAGCCAUGCACUGCAGAUGUUCAUCCGCCGAGUCAUCGCACUGUGUGGCACACUUCCGGACCUUCCUGAGCGGAGAUAUCUUACCAUGCACCUCUUCUACACCGACGAUUGCGAUCCCGAGUACGAGCCACCCGGCUUUGAAGCGAGCCAGAACACCCAGAUACGUUUCCCUGACAAUGGUGCGUGGCAAAAGACAACACAAAGCUGUGGUACAAUGGACGCCGGCUUCCACACUGCAAGUCUUAAGGUAUCACACCUUCAAUACACGCAGGACGUCCUGAACGGCGAGGGCACUCCUCCAUCGGAGAUACCAAGCGGACUGCCGUACAUGGCUGCGGCUUUCCGAGAAGAUGACAUAGAGAUAGUGCGGCUAGCGGAAACUACAAAUGACAGGCCUCUCGUUCCACAGUCUGACACUGCGGGCGGGCAAUCAAUGGACGCGCAGGCUUCACAGGGCAUCUCUACAGCAGAUACUACCAUGCCUGCGGAGCAGCUGUCUCGGAUCCUAUUACGCUCAGGCGAAAAGGCUACUAAUGGGCAUUCCAUGAUUACAGGAGAUGCAGAAGAGAGUCGCGACCGUGACGCUGGCAACCCAAUGGACCUUGACGCUGUUCCUGAGGAGACUCAAGACGUCACGGCUGUGCAACAUGACGUUCCCAUUGGAAAGAUAUCAGACAACCAGCUCGAAACACAGCUGUUGGAUGUUCCCGCCGAGACAGCGUUGGCUAGCGGCUCGCAGCAAACAACUCAAGUACUGGAUGAAGACUGGCAGGCGAAGGAUUUCUUUCAAAAAAUCCUGGAACCCUCAAUGCCAAGUCAAACCGAGAGCCUCGAGGAGACACAACCUGCUGAGUAUAGUGGCAAUCCCCGGCAGCAGUUUCGUGAAAUUGCUGAGCAGAUGUCGAUGCUUCAGCUUUCGCAGAGGAAGAUUGAAGAGCUGGACAGCCGCAAACUGCAGUUAUCAACUGCGGCUCGAGGGAGAACUCGGAGCACUAGAAGUAUCACGAACCCCACCGACGACCAUCAGGGAGAUAUUGUAGACUGCCAGUGCGGGUGGAAUGAGGAAGAAGACGACAUGGUGAACUGCGGUUUCUGCAACACUUGGCAACAUCUGCACUGCUACGGCUACUUGGGCUCUGACGAUCCGAGAGUGCCCGAUAUACAUGCUUGCUACAGGUGCCUCUUGCAGGAGAAGGAAGCGCCGCUGCUCCGAGAACUGCAAGACCUCGCCCUCCUGAGAAAGGGUGUUCACAUCAUUCAGGUCGACGGGUACUUUAAUGACCGGAAACUCUCCGAGGCACUCCACUGUGAUCUUCAGACGGCUUCCCGAGUUUUGAGACAUCUACAGAAGGCAGGCUACAUAAUUCCACAUCCUGGCUACACGAAGAAGAGCUACAAGUCCACUGGGAAGCCAACUCAUCACCUCGUCUCCGCGGGACCAGAUUUCUCCCGCAUGAUGAAGGAGUACUUCGAUCCUCGGACGAAGAUAGCACACCACUUCGAACUGCCGCAGGACGAAUUUCCUAUGACCGCGCAGACGACCCAGUUCCCGGCGCCUCUUGCCGACUUGAAGCCAGCACAGACCCCUAUCGAGGCCGUGGAGGUUGAACAGCACGCACAGCUCAACACUGAUGAAACUCAAGACGACGUCCCCGAUUUCCAAUCUAGCCCCAGCGCCGCCGCAGCUCUCCGCUCCAAAUCAGCUCGCCAGCAAACACCGUGGGCUGCCAAUCAGAAGACCUCCGAAGCAGCACCGUCGAAGGUCAGCGGGUGGACCAGCACACACCGGCUCCUUUCUCGCCAGGCAUCGGACGGCAAGGCACUGCAAGAGCGCAACGCCGACGUGCCGUCACCGGUCUGGACGCCUAAGAAGAGGGUUCGGGAUGAUAAAGGGAUGCAGGACGAGGAACCUUUCGCGCCCGUGUCGGCGAGAACGCGGAAGAGGCUCAAGAGCAGCAUGACGCAGGGGAUUGUCGAUAUCGGAUACGUGGCUUCGCCGUCGCCGAUGCCUUUGUAG